UCUUCUGCUUUCUUCUCUUACAGGAAGAUGAUGUUGCUGUUAUAUGAGGAGGGCCUGCGGGUCGUCAUUCACACCAGUAAUCUAAUUCCUGAUGACUGGCACCAGAAGACUCAGGGGAUCUGGCUGAGUCCGCUAUAUCCUAAGUUGCCGGAAGGUUCUUCCUCUCUUGCGGGGGAAUCGAUCACCAACUUCAGGUCUGACCUCAUGGCGUACCUGGCAUCGUACAACUCCCCAAGCCUGCGUGAAUGGAUGGAUAUCAUUAAACAGCACGAUCUGUCAGAGACCAGGGUGUACCUGAUUGGAUCAACUCCCGGAAGGUAUCAGGGCCACGAUAAAGAGAAGUGGGGGCAUUUACGCUUGAGGAAGAUAUUACGAGAGAAAGGUUGCCAGGUCUCGGGUGUUGAAUCGUGGCCUGUGAUUGGCCAGUUUUCCAGUAUCGGUUCUAUGGGAGCUGACCACACCAAAUGGCUUCACUCUGAGUUUGGCCUAAACCUGACACGUCUCUUGCAGAUCUACCCAUCAGUGGACAAUGUCAGGACGAGUCUGGAAGGUUACCCUGCGGGGGGCUCUCUGCCUUACAGCCUCCAGACCGCCCAGAAACAGCCGUGGCUCCAUUCUUACUUCCACAAGUGGAAGGCAGAGACGUCGGGACGCAGCAGAGCCAUGCCUCACAUCAAGACCUACAUGCGUCUAUCGCUGGACUACAAGGAGCUGGCCUGGUUCCUGGUGACGAGUGCGAAUCUGUCGAAGGCGGCGUGGGGUUCCCUGGAGAAGAGCGGCGCCCAGCUGUUUAUCCGCUCCUAUGAACUGGGAGUCCUCUUCCUGCCAUCUGCCUUUGGCUUUGAAAAUGGAACAUUCCAGGUUAAGGUCAAUGUCUAUGCCAAUAAAGAUGACUCGAAAGGAACAUUCCCAGUGCCUUAUGACCUACCUCCAGAACACUAUUCAGGGAAAGACAGGCAGUGGGUCUGGAAUAUUCCGUACGUCAACGCUCCGGAUUCGCACGGCAACAUCUGGUGUCCGCGACAGGCAGUGGGUCUGGAAUAUUCCGUACGUCAACGCUCCGGAUUCGCACGGCAACAUCUGGUGUCCGCGGUUGUCGGAGGUAAGUCUCCAGAAAUAGACUCUGCCGCCUGCGGGGACGUCGCGCGGUAA